AAUAUCACCGCAAGGUGUAAAUCGAGCGCUGUCUUAUUGUUAUUGUUCUUAACCUCAAAAUACAUCAUUUUAAAUUGUUUUAAAUUUUAUUUUACAGUGACCAAAUAUUUAGUUUGAAGAUGACAGAAAAAAUACAAAUUGAAAAACUUCCUCAUCAUGAGCAAAAAGAAUUAUGCACAACACGAGCUCCCUAUAGACAAGGGAGAAAAUUGACUGCUGUAAAGGUUUACACAAUCAAUAGUGAAUCAACCCAUAUAGUAGUGUGUGGAGUACCAAAACUUGAUUUAAAUAAGGAAGUGAAGAAACUUUUCUUUCCUUAUGGAGAAAUAAAGAAAUUUUGUUUAAUUCCUGAUUAUCCAUCGGAGGAGUUUACUGAAACAUUUCACGUGCAUUAUUCACGAAUACAAAGUGCCAGAAUCGCGAAACGUUUCAUUGAUGGUAAAAAUUUUUAUGGCGGUCUUUUACACGUAUUUUAUGCACCAGAACUUGAAAGUAUUUCCGAAACAAGAGCAAAGCUUAUUCAACGACACAAGGAUGUUACAGUAAGAAUUAAAAGACACAAAGAAGAUCCAACGAAUCCUGAGAUUGAUGAAUUUGUUCCACAAGAACAAUAUCACAGGAAGAAAAAAUAUCCUGCUUUGCCUUUAACAAAAGAACGUCUUGAAGCUCAAUAUCCUGAAGAAAAUUUAAAUAAUGUUACACAACAAAUUAUAGAACCACAUUCAUCAAAAGAAUUUUCUAAUGCAAAUUCUUCAACUGAAAUUAAAUCACAGAAUGUAAUUAAACCAUCACCAGAAUUAUUGCAAGCACCAUAUCAACCAUUUGAGACAAUUAUAAAUCUUUCAAAUUCUCGAUCAUUGAAACGAAAAAAUUAUAAAGGCCAAUUGAUUAGAGAGACGCCUAAAAUUAAAAAAUUUCGCUUUCAAUUAAUAGAUACUAGAAAUAUAGCAAGAAAAGAUGAGCCUGAGAAAAAUGUUUUUACUAAUGCAAAAAAAGUCGAUAGUGGAAUUAAAAUUAAAAUUCUACCCAAAAAGGAGGAAACAAAGCGAAUUGUAAUACAAGAUUCAAGCGUGACGCAAUUAAUACGACCUAUUGAGAAUCUUAAAUCAUCAAUUGAACUUGCCAAAAAUCAAAUACGACAAGCAAUGCAAAAAAAAUUGUAAAAUAUUUAUAUAAAAUGUUAAUUAAAUUUUUCUAAAUUUCUAAAAAA